GUACAUGGAUUUGUUGUGCUCUUUGUCAUUGCACUUGAGGCGAGAAGUCGUCAAAUGCAAAAUGGCUUUAGAAGAAAAGGGGUUCAAAGUAACCCAUCCAACCUUGGCGGACUUGGAUACCAUUUGGGCCUUUCUGGUAGAGCACUUCCUACCGGAUGAGCCCUUCUGUAGGUCCUUUGGAGUUCUUGAAAAGGCAACGUGGGUGGACAGGUUCGUACAAAACGAAAUGCGGUCGAAUCUAAUCAGCCCGUGCCUCGAGAACGACACCAGCAUUCUCUUGUGGGAUUCCGAAGGAGAAAUCGCCGGGGUGAAGUUGGGCCAUCCCAUAUCGAUCACUGAUCCGGUCAAAACUCUCCCCAGGCUAGAAUUCCUUCGUUCAUUACGGUGGAUCAUCCCAGAGAAGCUUUACAAGAUGACGUACGUGACUGAAUUUCUCCUGAGUCCGGAUUAUUGCCAUUUAGAGCCCAGAGCCAUCCUCAAAAAUGCUAAAGCGGACAAAGUGUUCUUCGGAGAGAUCCUCUGCGUGUCCAAAGAACAUCGAGGAAAACGACUCAGCACGGAUUUGAUUGAGAGAUCCAUGAAAAUCGCCCAAGAUCACGGCUGCCAGGGUUACAUUGUCCAGUCCACGGGCAUAUACUCCCAAAACGCCUAUCAGAAUCAUGCCCAUUUCGAGUUGCUCAAGGAAUUGAAGUAUGCAGACUUCAAAGACGGCAUGGUCAAGGUCGUCUUUAAUGAUACCCGAGAACACAAAACUUGCAAGAUUCUUUACAAAACACUAUAAAGUAUAGUCUUUUACACGAAUAAAUGAGGCCAGCUUCAUAUGUCAAUUAUGGUCAUGUUGGUAUUAAUCGUC